AGGAUAGUGCAGGGUGGGGGAAGGAUCAGCUGAUCAGGGCUGCCAGACUAAGGUGUAGUAGUGACACUUCAACUGGAUUUGUUCUCGUCUUCCAGAUAUCUUUUUGGAUCCGUAUAAAAAUAAACAGGAUUUUGACUGUCUCCAGAAAUCAAUGACAACAUUCAGUCUUGACAGACAUAUAACUUGCAGUUGGUAAUGAGGUCAUAUUAGGACCUGAAGCCAGACUUGACUGCACGUUCCCCUUACACUUGUAUUCAACAUGGAGUUGAAAGUGUGGGUGGAUGGAGUGCAACGCGUCGUUUGUGGAGUGUCUGAACAAACGUCCUGCCAAGAUGUGGUCAUUGCACUUGCUCAGGCUAUAGGUCAGACUGGGCGUUAUGUCCUAAUUCAAACACUAAGGGACAAAGAAAGGCAACUUCUACCUCAUGAGAAACCUCUCGAAUUUUUGGCCAAGAGUGGACAAUAUGCCAAUGAUGUUCACUUUAUAUUGAGGCGCACGGGACCCAGCUUAUCUGAGCGUCCCUCUUCUGACACAGCUCCAGUCCCCCCUGAGAGAACUUAUGUUAGGUCUAGCUUGCCCAUAAAUCCAAGAACAGCUGGAACAGAGGUAGCAAGAUCAAAGGAGCCAAAAAAGUCACUGACCUUUAAUUUGGGGCCCAUAGGAUCUAAUGAUCUUUUAGCAAAGCACAGGCAGAAACCACAGACUGGUUCAAAUGCUAAAGAUGAUACCCGGCAACCCAGCAAAGAGGAACUGUUCAAAAUGGUACUCCGUCAACAGGAACAGCUGAAAGCACUAGAGAUGCAAAAUGUUUCUUUAGGCAAGGACAUACAGACAUGGGAGAGGGGCAGGGUUGGGGGUCCUCGGGAAGAAGAGGAUGAGAUGGCUUUUAUGGAAAGAUUGGUCCGUCACAAUGAAGUAGAGUUAGGAGAGGAAUUAUUCUGGAUGGAUGAGCUACAGAGAGAGCGGGCAGAAGAACAAGAGCGUCAAGAGAAAAUGAGAAAAUUGAGGACCACAAUGGAAGAUUACACCCAAAAAAUAAUGGAGUUAACUGAAAGGACAGAGGCACUGGAGCUGGAAAUCCAGCGAGAAACCUCCAAAAGGUUGGUAGGGCAACCAAGCCAAGCUGAACUUGAGGAGAUGGUGGCCAAGAUGAGAAAGGAAUUGGAAGCCAAGGUUGGACAAGGCCAACAACUGGAGAUCAACCUUUCAAAUGUGGAGAGGGCUUGUGAGGAAGCCAAAAGAAACCUUGAGGCCAGGAAUCAAGAACUCGAGGAACUUAAUAAAGAUAUCAGGCAAUGCAACCUCCAGCAGUUCAUUCUGCAAACAGGAUCCACAAUUACAAAUGGUCAGUUCAGACCCGAUGAAGACCCUUUAUAUGAGCCAAGUGAUUCUCAAUGGGAAGCACACUACAGGAGUAAAGCAGUUCUGUCUUCAAGAGAUACAUCUUGGACCUAGAUAGCAAAGCCUGGACUACUUUCAACUAACCGAAACCACUGAAGAAUUUAUAUGUAUUGUUUACUUUGCAAAUAUAAAUGCAAUGGCAGCCUUUUUAUGUCAAUAUAUAUAUAUAUUAUAAGAUGUAUAUAGAAAUAAGAUUGUAUAUCAUUUUGUAUUAUGAACAUAUGUUUUAUAUAAAUACCAAAAGUAAUAACCACUUAAAUCUUUAAAAAGGAAAUGUCACGCAUUGGUCCUUAGCACACACAACCCUCUUUAAAUGGUCCCUGCUUUAUUCAUUGUAAAAACAAUAAAAUGUUCCUUAUUCAUUUAGCUACAUAA